CAUCCUGGGGAAUCUAAGGUAUUCAUGACUCCGUCCAGAGACAUGAUAUAUGCAAGUUACUUCUGUGUAUAAUAUGUCAUGACUCAUGACUCAUGAGUAUGGUCACCACACAAAGGAUUUAGAAUAAUAGUCCAUCUAUUUUGAGUAUGAGAAAAGAAUGCAAGGGAUAGCCAAAAUUGCCAAGCUUGUGGCUGUACAAGAUAUAUGCAAGUCCAUACUUUCACAUCACAUCUACUGUAAUACAUUUUACUAUGGUGCAUUUUGAAUGUUAAUCAUAUAGUGAGUUGUUCUUGUAUGCAAUUGAUUUAUCAAUUCAUUUAGUUCCAUUACUGUAGGAACUUUGUCGUUUCUUUUCUUGGCGUUGAAAAUGAUUUUUUUACCUUGUGUGAAUUCAUAUUCUAAAAGCUUCAAGGAAACUACUUCCCUUAAAGAGUUCCCUUAUAUGUCACGUUCAUUCAAUUUAUUUUUUAUGCCUCACACAUGGACUACAAAGAGACUUUUUAGAGGAGAAAGGUAGGAAAAGAGAAGAGCGGUAUUUUUUCAAUUUGCUAUUAGUUUAUCAACUCCAGCCUUAGGUGAUUUGUCAGAGGUGGGCUUUUCUGAUUUUGUUAGGAGUCAGACUCCUGGAAUAUCAAACCUGCUUCAGAUAAGUAUUUACUAGUUACCAUGAGUAGCAUACGCUAUUAUAAUAAGCUUAAAAGAUGAGAAAGAAUUACGUUGUAGAACUUAGAUUGGAGUGUUAUUUUAAGAGUUUUAUGUCAACGAAUUUUUGAUACUGAAAAAGUGAGGAUUAAGAAAUUUCGAUGUCCAAGAUUAUGUCAACAAGGUGGGGCAUGAUCUUUUUUGGAGCGAUUUUAAGUAGUUUUGUUGUUGCAGCUCUAUUAUUACUGAUUCUUUUAGCUGAGCCAAGAUUGAAGCAAGAAUGCUGGGAGUAUAAAAGGCCUGAAGAUGUUGAGCUCCAACAUGUAAUGCGGGCAACAAAUUUCUUUUACCGAAGAGGGCAAAUGGGUUAUAAACAUGUUUGGCCGCAACUGAGAUUUGGCUGGAAAGUUGUGGUUGGUAGCAUAAUUGGAUUCUUUGGUGCAGCAUGUGGGAGUGUGGGAGGUGUUGGCGGGGGUGGCAUUUUUGUUCCUAUGCUUACCCUGGUUAUUGGUUUUGAUGCAAAAUCGUCAACAGCUUUAUCGAAAUGUAUGAUUACAGGAGCAGCAGCUGCUACAGUUUACUACAAUCUAAAGCUAAGACAUCCUACACUUGAAUUGCCUAUCAUUGACUAUGAUCUAGCACUUCUAUUUCAGCCGAUGUUGGUUCUAGGAAUUAGCCUGGGAGUUGCUCUCAAUGUGAUUUUUGCAGACUGGACAAUAACAAUAUUGUUAAUCAUCCUUUUUAUUGUGACAUCAACCAAGGCAUUCCUUAAGGGUGUUGAAACAUGGAAAAAGGAAACUAGCCUGAAAAAGGAGGCUGCUGGACGCUUGGAAUAUGAGGAAAAUACAAUUGAAGAGGUCGAGGAAAAUCUUGCUGUAGGAGGCUCCAAUGCUGCUGCUCAAGGACAACAAAUUGAGUUUAAAAGAGAGGAGGUCUCUAUUAUGGAGAAUGUUUGCUGGAAGGAACUUGGAAUUCUUAUUGCUGUGUGGUUGAUUAUUCUUGCUUUGCAGAUUGGCAAGAAUUACUCAGCAACCUGUUCAGCAGUAUAUUGGGUAUUAAACAUAUCACAGAUCCCUGUAGCUGUUAGUGUGACUGGAUAUGAAGCAAUUAGCCUGUACAAAGGGCGGAGGAGGAUUGCAUCUAGGGGAGAAGCAAGUACAGACUGGCGAAUCCACCAACUUGUUUCCUAUUGUGCCAUUGGUGUAUUGGCUGGUAUAGUUGGUGGGAUGCUUGGACUUGGUGGUGGAUUCAUUUUAGGUCCUCUUUUUCUGGAGAUGGGAGUCCCUCCUCAGGUGUCGAGUGCCACAGCCACAUUUGUUAUGACUUUCUCUGCUUCUAUGUCUGUCGUAGAGUAUUACCUCCUAAAGCGUUUUCCUGUCCCUUAUGCUCUUUACCUUUUUGCUGUGGCUAUUGUUGCUGCUUUUGUGGGCCAAUACGUGGUGAGAAAGCUGAUUAGCAUAUUAGGAAGGGCAUCCUUGAUAAUCUUCAUUCUAGCCUUCACAAUCUUUGUGAGUGCAAUAUCAUUAGGCGGUGUUGGCAUAGCGCGGGCAGUUAGAAAGAUGGAGAGAAAGGAAUACAUGGGAUUUGAAAACUUAUGUUCUUAUGAAGCUUAGUACCUUCUUCUAUUUUCAUUGUCCCAAAAUUCUUGAAUAGCCUAUUCUACACUGGCUGGAGUAUCUUCUAAUUUUUAGUUUAGCAUUUCUUAUCCCGUAGGAUGAAUUAUUGGCUGUGCUCUUAGCAAUUGCAGAACCAGGAUUCUGAAAAGAAGUUAAGCCUAAUAAUGUGUCAUUCGGCUAUUUUUUAUUUAAAAAGAUUCGUUCAUCAA